AUACCCUGCAAAAGCCAAAAAGCUCACGCUAGUCUUCAUUUUCAUAUCUUCCUCAACAUCAUUGCUCAACAUGGCGUUUAGUUCAGUGAGAGAAGAUGUUUUGAAAUUAUUUCAAGACGAAGAUUUGCAGAAAUUGAUUGAAAUAUUUAAUAUUUAUUCUGAGAAAUGGAUAAAUUCAAAUAAAAAUGUGUUUUUAAACACAGAACAGCUUUAUGCUGUACUUUCUUGUGGAGAAAUUGGUGUGAAUGAAGAUGCUUUGAAUUAUCUUCCUGCAUCAGUUUCUUCCAAGAAUUGUGUUGCAUUGAGGUAUGGUUUUUCUCAAAAAAAUUACGGCGGCGUGGUGUUUACCUUGGACUUGAUUGCUCGACCCGGGAAUCCUGGUUCGAAACCGGAAUUUUUCGAAAAUGUUGGAAUAAGCGAGACAACGGUGUCUUUGCAAUUUUUUAGCUAGCUAAAGUUUGGCAGAGCACGAGGUAAGGGACAAAACAGGAAACUACUUUAUUUUGCAGGGAUUUUAUUAUUAUUUUUAUGCUAUUAGAGCACCCUUAAGUUUAAGAAAUUGUUUUACAGCUUGUAAAACUUUAAGCGUGGAUAAUUGUUAUCUUUUUUAAUCUUGCUUCUCCUGUUUUAUAUUUUUCUGUAAAGAGUAGCUAUUUUUUGGUCCUACAGUUUUGCAUUUUGUAGCUAAGUAACUUAAUACUUCUUUUUUUUAUUUAGUUAAGACUUUGGUGGGCUUUCUCAAGAUGAAAUUGUUAAAAUCAAAGAUGUUUUUAGCUACCUAGCUAGCUAAUCUUGGCUUUAACACAAGAUUGGGUGCUAUUUUAUACAGUUUAUAAAGAAACACAAAAUGAUUGCUUUGUAUAUAUAUAAUAAAUAAAAUAUUUAUGCACAACUUGAGGUAUUUUCUUCUAGCAUGAUAAACUAAA